AUGUCGGACCUCUUAUUCAGCGAGAUCAACUCGGAGGAUCGCGUGGAGCUCAGAAAGCUUGAAGCAGACCUGCGCGAUGAUUCCGACAACUUCGAGACCUGGGAGAAACUUGUCCGCCGGUCUGAGUCGUUCGAAGGCGGCGUCAAUCGCAACUCUCCCCCCGAGGUCAUCAUGAACGUCCGAAACAACUACGAUCGCUUCCUCGCAAAAUUCCCCCUGCUGUUUGGAUACUGGAAGAAAUACGCCGACCUGGAGUUCACUAUCGGCGGCACCGAAGCCGCAGAAAUGGUCUAUGAGCGUGGGAUCGCCAGCAUCCCCACAUCUGUUGAUCUCUGGGCCAGUUACUGCUCCUUCAAAGCUGAAACCUCCCACAACUACGAAGUCAUUCGAGAGCUUUUCGAACGUGGUGCCGACAGUGUUGGUCUUGACUUCCUCUCGCACCCGUUCUGGGACAAGUACAUCGAGUUUGAAGAACGCGUGGAGGCUCCAGAGAAGAUUACCCCCUUACUGGCUCGGAUUGUCCGUAUCCCUACCCAUCAAUACGCCCGAUACUUCGAUAGAUAUCGUGCGCUUAUUCCAAUUCGCCCCGUUGCUGAACUUGCGUCUGCCGAGAUCAUCUCUCAGUUCCGGGCCGAAUUCGAGGCUGCUUCCUCUGAUGCGGCGACUGGGGUUGAGAUGGAGGCUGCACUGCGAAGCCGUCUUGAAGCAUACUGGGCCGAGAUCUACACCACUACGCAAACCGAGACGAACAAGCGCUGGCCGUAUGAAUCCGAGAUCACUCGUCCCUACUUCCAUGUCACCGAGUUGGACGAAGGCCAACUCUCGAACUGGUCAAAGUAUCUUGACUUUGAGGAAACUGAGGGUUCCUACUCUCGCAUCCAGUUCCUCUAUGAACGUUGUCUUGUCACGUGUGCCCACUACGAUCAGUUCUGGCUCCGAUAUGCUCGCUGGAUGGCUGCUCAACCCGACAAAGAUGAAGAAGUGCGCAUGAUCUACCAGCGAGCCAGUUGCUUCUACGUGCCAAUUGCAAACCCCACGAUCCGUCUCCAGUACGCCUACUUUGAGGAGAUGUCGAACCGUAUCGACGCCGCCAAGGAAAUUCAUUACGCAAUUCUCAUGAACCUUCCCGGCCACGCUGAAACUAUCAUUUCGCUUGCCGGUCUCUCAUUCCGAGAGGGGGGUCUGGAUGAUGCCAUUGAGAUCUACAAGACCCAGCUGGAAUCCCCCGAGGUAGAAAUGUCUACCAAGGCUACCCUGGUGGUCGAAUGGGCCUAUCUGCUUUGGAAAGUCCAGGGUGUUCCGGAUGACGCUCGCAAGGUUUUCCAAACCAACCAGAAGUACUACCUCGAUAGCCGCGCCUUCUGGGAAUCCUAUCUCAAGUUCGAGGUUGAACAAUUCACUGGUUUAACUCAUGUGGAUAAUCAAUACGAACGCCUCAAACAGGUGGUUGCUGACCUCCGUUCCGAGAGCACCUUGCCCGAUGACGUUGUCAAGGAACUCAUGCAGAUUUACAUGACCUAUCUCUUGAAGCAGGGUACCAGGAACGCCGUCCGCAAGUACAUGAUUCUUGACCGUGAGAUUUACGGCCCAGACUCCAUUUCCACUGUCCGAACCAAGAGCCUCGCCGAUGCUAUUCAAGCUGCUGAGGCUGCUCAGGCUGCUCGAGCUGCACAGGUAAGCCCCGCACAACCGCUCUGGCGAGAUUUGCGCAUCGCUAACUGGCGUGAUAGCUAUCCUGAUGGAUAA